UUACCCACUUGUUCGAACAUGGGUAUAGCCCACUUUGUCUGGUAGCCGCUAAGCCCACGGUUUAUCACGUCCAUCUUGCGGGCGUAGUUCUCUAGACAGUGUCCGUCGUCAGGAGGUAAGUUGAUAUGAAGAUCGAGCCUUACCAGCCAGUCGCUGACCAAACCCGCCUGGUACCCAGCCCCCUUGGGUGAUCGAAUCGCCAAAGAGCAUGAUAACAUCGUGUGUGUUCGCGGCCAUGCCCGGCUACGGAGUGGUACGUUCGGGAGAGUGCAAGGAGGAAUGGACCUACCUAGUAGAUUGAUGUAAUAGCUAACGCCCGAGCGUCCAAAAAUGGGAUUAUCCGUAGACCUCGGUCCUCAACUAUUAGUAGCAUGGACGGAGGGACCAAUCCCGCUACGAGUGUCGAAUAAAAAAGCUUAUGUAUGGGACGUAGACGAUGUCGCCAAACUGCGUUCUCGCCAUGGCAUAUGUGGCAUGCUGACUGGAACGCUCCCGCAUCUGUCCCAGCAGAACGUCUUUUUGGGAGUGCCUCUGUUGCUUAUGCCAGAGGAAGCGGUCUUCCUCGUCGAGAAGGGCCUCGCAUGUCUCGUUGACGAUAAAAACGCUCAUCACGAUCCAGGCCCCUCGCGCCUUGCCAAGUGGGACAAUUCCAGAUUAAAGGCCAUCGAACGCCAACUCGCCUUAGCGGAGGAAGAACAGGAGGCCAAGGAACACCAAUACUCGACGAUGACGGAACAAGCUAUACGAAAACGAAACGAAAGGGGACGGAAAAAAGCAUACGUUGCUUCAUUCCCGAAUGACAGGUCCUUCUCCUCUACGGAACCACCAGAAAACGCGUUGGCUCACGAUAGCGAUAACACCACCUCUGACACGCGACGCGGUCAAGAUUCAUCUGGCACAUCCAAAGCUGGCACAGUGGGCGCAACCUUUACGGUGCAUGUCGCCGCGCCUUCGUCCCAACUUGACUGGUAUCAGCAGUCAUCACAUUCCUUCACCACACUCGCAUCUGCACGAGAAGCUGGUAUAUGGGACUACCCAAGUACCCCCGAAGAGCGUGCACGAUGCGCUGUGUUCCGUGACUUGCGAGGGAAGGGAUAUUACUUGGGAAUCGGGACUAAAUUUGGUGGAGACUAUUUGAUAUAUCCCGGUGAUCCUCUGCGCUAUCACUCGCAUUUCGUGGCUUCUGUUAUUGCCUCGCCCAGAACGCCCCUACGGCCAAUGGAAAUUGUGGCCCACGGUCGACUUGGUACCGGCACCAAGAAAUCUCACCUUCUGUGCGAAUGGAACGAAGAGAACGAUAUUGUCACAUUUUAUUCGAUUGAAUGGGCAAGAUUCGGAUGAUUACCGUGCAAAGUUCGCGGCACGGUCCCGCCUAUCUCAUUAUCAUUACAUAUUGCUGAUAAGGAGAUAGUAAUGUUGACGUGAGGAAAAGAGCCAUGGGUACACGAAGCAGUCAUGGGGAGAUAGGCAAGGAUAGAAUCCACAGGAGAUGCAUGCGAAAUAAAAUGCUGUCAGGAAAGGUCGGUGUUGACAAUAUUCUAGCCUUGUUUCCGGUGACUGCCCUUCGUUAGACUUGACUGAGUCGUUAAGUAUGCCACGAGUAGAAGCCACUGGGGACGUACACGAU